AUUUUGAAUUUGAAAAAGCUGGUUAAAGUUAAAUAUUUUAAUUUAGGUUACGUACUAAAUUGCUAUUUGAUGACAAAUAAACUAUAUAUAACAAGAAAAAAAUCUAUUAUUAAUAUAAAUAUUAUAAUACAUUAACAUAAGUAAAUAUACACGAAUAAUAAUUUAAUAUAAAUAUAAUAUAUUUUUCGCAAGCUUAUUGCGAAAAACAAAAAUGACGCAAACUUUUAUUGAUUUUCCCUCAAAUUGUGUGGUGUUGGCAGUACUGUUUGUUUUGCUUUCGAGUUUCGCGCACCCCGCCCUCGUAACUGUCAAGCACAUCUUAAAAAAUAGUAAAAAAUGAUCGGAAGUUUAAAUUGCAUUUAAUUAUCAAUAUUAAUAGCGAAUUAUGACUCGCUCAUGUGUGUAUAAUAUUGUGAAUAUUGUAGGCUAUAAUAGAGUAAAGUUCUUGUGUUAAACGUUUUGCUAUUUUAUAUUUUUCUUGUUUUGUACCGUUAUGCGAGAAUGAAGGUAUUUAUUGAGUAAAUUAUUAUGUUUAGAUAAAUAAAUAAAAAUAUAGUUAGUGUUAAUAUUAAAAAUGAUAACAUUGGUUUAUAACAAUGAUAUUGUUUGCGUGAACUGUUCAAUGGUAUAAGUGUUCUGGUUCGUGGCGAUAAGAUCGCGUUCGCGAUAUUGAGUACUGCAGCCGCUGCGAAGCACCCAUGCAUUUCUGGAUCGACAAACGCCAGUGCGCUUACAGCGGACGCCACCGCGUACCGUCCUCGUUGUCAGCUGGGGUGGGGCGGUCCCGCGGGCGCGUGUGCGCGGUGGCGGGGCGCAAGGGCAUGGCAGCGCCCGUGCACCGCUUCGCGCCCGUCGACUGCGGCCCGCGCCGCCCGCGCCCGCUGCGCCACUAUGGCCCCCCGCCGCUGCCGGCGGUGCACGCUCACCGGCGCGCGGACGCGAGCAGCCUGCACGUGGAGGUGCCGCCGGAGCCGCAGCCCACCAUCGCCAGCCUGGCGGCGGCGCGCAGCGUGACGCCCGACACGCUGCUGCGCACGGCGGCGCUGGGCCUGCACCACUCGCCCGUCAUGGCGCCGCACCUCAAGUUCGGCAUGCUGGUGUCCUUCGCGCUCGCCACCGUCUUCCUGGCGGGCGCCAAGUACUACUUCGACAGACAUCUGGUGCGCGGCGGGGGCAUGUCGGAGACGGGCAGCGAGGUGGGCGUGCUGUGCGUGGCCGUGGCCUGCCUCAGCUGCGUGGGCUGCGCGCUCACCGUGUGCCGCGCGCGCCCCGCGCCGCCGCCGCGCACGCCGGAGCGCGUGUCCUCCACCGCGCGCCGCCCGCUGCCACGCACGCCCACGCGACCGCCCGUCGCCAGGGAGGUAACGAUAUCGGAGCCCACGGAAGACAUAACGCUGACGAUCCUCAGCCGGCCGGAGCGCGAGCCGACGCCGCAGGGGAGCGCUACCACGGGGGAGGCGCCGCCGCCCUACCACAUCGCCGUGCUCCUCCCCACCCGGGCCUCCUCCCCGCCGCCACCAGCCUACUCGGCGCUCAGCUAGCCCUCCGCCUACACAGCGCCGGAGCUCAUCAUAUAGUGGGCACCAGUGCUGUAUUGAGUGUGAUUAUGAAGUACCCUCAAUUGUGACUCAGUAUAUGUGGUAUGUGUAUCUUUCUUUAAAGUGAUCGGUGUUAACAAUUAACAAAAUCAUUUUGUGAAUAUAAAAUGGGUGUCAUUUUGGUAUUUGCCACAAUUCAAAAUAUAUCAAAGUUAAAGUGUUUACUAUAUUUAUUUGAAAUAAUUAUUCUCUGUGGAAUUAGUUUUCAAAAUAGUAGAGCAAUUUACGUAUAAAACCAAAAAAAAUAUACCCAAAAUUAAAUAUCAACACCGUUUUAAAAAUAAUGUGUGGAUAUGCGGCUAGCCUUAGUAACCACCAAUGAAAGAAAACCUCCAAAAAAAAAGAUGAAUUUAGUGGUCAAUGACAAAAAGAUUUUUUUUAUUACAUACAGUGUCUAUGCGCAAAUCUUGAUUAGUAUGAGCAAUAGAUAUUAAAAAUGAUACAAAAUGUCUAACUUUUGCAUCGCAGUCAACGAUAUUUUAUACUAUAGAUAUGUUACGUGCCAACAAAAUCACCGCAAAAAGCGAUCCAUAUUUAGCUACUCUACUGAGCACACACAUGCACAAUUUUGCGUUUAAUUCCAUUAUAUAUUUAUGUUCAUGUCACCGUUAAAUUGUAAAAUACAUUAGUUUGUAAUCUAACUCGCGAGAUUGUAAACUGUUGAUAUAUAGUGAACUGAACAUACUGCUUACAAUUUAACGUGUUAUUUUUCGGUAUAUUGUAAUCUAUCGAAGUGAAAUAGUCAAAUUGUCGAACAGGAUUAAUUUACCAUAGAGUUACAAAAAUAUUGCAGCGGCAGGCAACCAGGCAACCAGGGGCAGUUCAGACAGUUGACGUUUUAAGAUUGCGAUUUAACGGUUUCACUUCGAUAGAUUACAAUGUACCGAAAAAUAACACGUUAAAUUGUAAGCAAUAGGUUCUGUUCAUAAUCUAUCGACAGUUUAUAAUCCUGCGAUUAAGAUUAUAAACUAACGUUUUUUACAAUUUAACGGUAACAUAUAUACAGUUUUUACAGUUCCUGAACAAACUCGAAGUUGUAGACAAUAUUUAGAUAUUAUUUAUUUAAAUAACUUUCGUUGUUUACUAUGCCACUCAAUGAUAUUAGGUCAAUUAGCCACUUUUGCUCGGCUCAGUUUUGACGCGCUAGUGACAUAUCUCUAUUAUAAAAUCUUUGGUCGCAGUCACAAUAAAUUUUGAUAUAAUAUUUGAGAUGUGAAGUGCAUGUCUCAAAACUUGUAAAAUGAUGUCUGACAUUAUUUAGGUAUUGUUUGGUCUAUACAGAGAUUUUUUUUUUUAUUAUUAUGUUCUAAUUUCUCAAAAAUUAAGCUUUAUUAUUUAGUUAUAAUAUAGAUAAUAAUAAUUUUAUUUUAGAGUUUUAUAAUUAAUUGUAAUUAUGACAAAGCGAAUCUUUGUGGGAAGCACUCAAAUUAGUCGAAUGUUAUUUAUUGUAAUUAUGUAAGGACCAAUAUUUAUCAUUGUAUAAAAUAUACGUAUUUAGGGCGCGAUCUCACGACUCAUUUAGUUUGCGGGAUCUUUGAGUGAGUGUGUGCAGAUAGAUUGCAUGUGAAGUGCAAGCUAAUUGCAAAAUUGCAGUUCAUCUAUACUUAUAAUAAAUCUGUAGAGAGGUCAAUUCUGUACAUGAAAUAUAUUUCCAAAAUAACUAUCAGUGGGUGAUUAGUGGUCGAUACUGAUGCCAAAAAUGCAAUCAGUAAAAUUUUUAUCUGUCUGUCUGUCUUUCUGUCUGUCUGUCUGUCUGUCUGUCUGUCUGUCUGUCUGUCUGUCUGUCUGUCUGUCUGUCUGUAUGUUCGUUAUAGAAACAAAAACUACUCGACGGAUUUUAAUGAAACUUGGUACGUUUAUUCUUCAAACUCCUGGGCAGGUUAUAGUAUACUUCUCAUCACGCUACGAUCAAUAGGAGCAGAGCAGUGAAAGGAAAUGUUGGGAAAACGGGAGAACUUACUCCAUUUUUUAAGCUUCCGUCGCGUGUGCAGCCUUAACGGGUAGGGGUGGGGUAGGGUAGGUUAGGGUAGGAGUAGGGUAGGGUAGGGUAGGGCAGGGUAGGGGUUGUUAAAAGUUUACAUCUACUUUCACGCGGACGAAGUCGCGGGCGUCCGCUAGUAUAGAAUAACAGUGUAAGUAGUGGUGGGCAAAAUAGCAAAGUCUAAAUACUUCUUGCUUAAAUAUUGUAAUUUUAAACUUCUGGCAAGUUAAACAUUUUGUUGAUUUUAUUUAAUAUAAAACAAUAAUAAUUAUUCAAAUAAAAAAUAUAUUUAUAUGAAAGGAAACUUUAAGCAAGACUUACUUAUUGAAUUGAGAUUACAAAGUUCAUGAGUGUUUUAGUGACAAACGUGAAACAUGUGUAAAAGUUUUUAAUUUAUUUAUUUGUUUUAAAUUAAAUUUUUAUUGACUUCUAGAUAGAUUCCGUAUACAUACUGUUGGUAACAGAUUUAAAUAUUUAAAAGGAGUACUUUAAAUUAUUUAAUUGUUAGAUAUUGAGUGAGAAAUAGUAUUGAGUGAGUACGCGCCUUAACCAUUACUGUAAAGCUGGGAACACAUUGUACACACGCCGCGCCCGACUUGUUCAUAUACAUCCCACUAAGAACUGGAGUUUCAAGUCCUAGGUUCGACUCCUGGUUGGGGUGUGUUGAUGUGAUGGCGGGUAGAUCAUUUUAGCGAGAUACUAAUGUGUUCAUGCUAUUGAAUAAAUCGGUGUGCCAUAUUUAUCUUUAGAUAAAUAGUUUUGUUAGCUAAUUUAAUUUGUUUAUUUAUACGUAAAUCUAAUUGCAUUGUAUCGCUGCGCGUGAAUUGUUGAAUUUUUUUAUCAGCCCAAAUAUUGGUACAGGUUUAUCACUACAUAGUGUGGUAGGCGCCCUAAGUCAGUAUCCUGAAUUAGGGUCUAAGUCAGUAUCCUGGAUUAGGGUCUAAGUCAGUAUCCUGGAUUAGGGUCUAAGUCAGUAUCCUGGCUUAGGGUCUAAGUCAGUAUCCUGGAUUAGGGUCUAAGUCAGUAUCCUGGAUUAGGGUCUAAGUCAGUAUCCUGGCUUAGGGUCUAAGUCAGUAUCCUGGAUUAGGGUCUAACUAAGUCUCGGUAAGAGCGGUUGUAAUGAUGACAUAUAGGUAAACUUCAUAACUGUGUCCUCGACUGCGUAGUACAGUGGUAUUUUAUUCAAUGACAAGUUAUUUUAUUCAAUGACACGUUAUUUUAUUCAAUGACACGUUAUUUUAUUCAGUGACACGUUGUUUUAUUCAAUGACACGUUAUUUUAUUCAAUGACACGUUAUUUUAUUCAAUGACACGUUAUUUUAUUCAGUGACACGUUGUUUUAUUCAAUGACACGUUAUUUUAUUCAAUAACACGUUAAUUUAUUCAAUGACACGUUAUUUUAUUCAAUGACACGUUAUUUCAGUCAGUGACACGUUGUUAUAUUCAAUGACACAUUAUUAUAUUCAAAGACACGUUGUUAUAUUCAAUGACACGUUAUUUUAUUCAAUGACACGUUAUCUUAUUCAAUAACACGUUAUUUUAUUCAAUGACACGUUGUUAUAUUCAAUGUCACGUUAUUUUAUUCAAUGACACGUUAUUUUAUUCCAUGACACGUUAUUUUAUUCCAUGACACGUUAUUUUAUUCAGUGACACGUUAUUUUAUUCAAUGACACGUUGUUAUAUUCAAUGUCACGUUAUUUUAUUCAAUGACACGUUAUUUUAUUCAAUGACACGUUGUUAUAUUCAAUAUCACGUUAUUUUAUUCAAUGACACGUUAUUUUAUUCCAUGACACGUUAUUUUAUUCAGUGACACGUUAUUAUAUUCAAUGAAAAGUUAUUUUAUUCAUUGACACGUUAUUUUAUUCAAUGACACGUUAUUUUAUUCAAUGACACGUUGUUAUAUUCAAUGACAUGUUAUUUUAUUCAAUGACACGUCAUUUUAUACAAUGACACGUUGUUAUAUUCAAUGACACGUUAGCCCUUGACUGCGAUCUCAAAUGUUAAGUGCCCAUCCGCUAAAGCCUAUCUGAGCCAAUUUAUAAAAUUUAAAGUCCUUAUAUAUUAUUAUUCCCCUGCUAGGAAUAGAACCCAGGACCUCUUUGCGGAGCACAAGUACAAACUGCACCAGUGAGGUCGUCGAACGGUGUGGCGUUUGACGACAGCAACAAAGGCCAAUCUCAAAUUAUUGAUUGAUUGAUUGAUUGAUGUUGACAAUCUUGCCGCCUGUUAAACUCUGACGUCAUACCCCGGGUAUCUGUGAAACGCAGACGAGGACUCAUUUAUACAGGAUGCUCGGGAGUAUUACCCAUAACUACAAGUUGACGAGUCCACUUAUAAGAGCCGUAAUGCAUAAAUAAUAAUUUUCGGUAAAGAAUAUAAUCCCAGAGUUAUGGGAAAUCUCUCGAGCAUUCUGUAUAGUAUCGCUAUAGAAAAGAAACCAGUCUUGUGAUCGGUUGUAUGUUUUUUGCUAAGGAUUUGAUGUGCAACAUACAAGUUUGCGGGUAGUAGCUAAAUAUAUUUAUAAUAAAUUAUAAAGUCGGCCUAAAUUGAAAUUAUCUAUAAGUCAUAUAUGUUAAGCGCAUGCUAUAGACGAGUGGAACGUGAAUGCUAGCGAAAUCGUUGCGAAAACCACUUUUUUUCUAAUUCUUUCAACACGGUAUAACAAAUUAAGCAGUCCAAGAUUGUUUAUGGCCUAGAAUACAUGCCACAAGAUCGUCGUCGUCGUAAUAUUUAGUUUGUAGAUUAUCCAUACGUUGAUAACGCAAUCGGGAUGAUGACUAGGUUAGAAUAUAUUGAUUUUUAUGAUACAUUCGGGUAAAAAAGGUCAAUGUUAACUAAUUUAUACAAAAAAAGCAAAGAUUCUCUGGAUAUGCUCUGGAUAUGCUUUGCAGUGCUGUGAAUGCCUGUAAAAGAUGGCUGCAGUAGUUGAAGAAUUUUGUAACUCAUUUAUAUAUAAUGUUUUUUGCUGUCAUUGUUGGCGUUACAAAUAAAUAAAUAAAAUAAAUAUUUGCAAAAUAAAUAAGAUUAUAAGAUUUCAAAAUCUGUUAAUUUUUUUAUCGUAAUUAGAUGUAAAUUCAUACAGUUUUAGCUUCCUUACAUUAAAUGUGUCAUUUUUUAAUAUAUGAACUAUAAACAUAAACGCACAAAUAACAAAGAUAUUAGUGAUUUUUAUAUAAUGAUUUAUUUAUCUUGCUAUCUCUAUUGACUCUACAACGUGCAAUUGCAAAUUGACUUUGCAAUUGCACGUUGUAGAGUCAACAUCUCCUGAGGAUGCUCCGGUUUCGGGGUGAAACGUACGUAGAGAGUAUUUUGCCGGACCUGGGUGACGUUGUCGCAUGGGUUCGUCGACUUUUCGCGGAUGAUAGCAAGAUAAAUAAAUCAUUAUAUAAUCAUGAUGAACUUCCGCAAAGUAACGCCUGCUUCUAUCCAAUAUUAGUGAUUUUGUCUGAACGCCCAUACAAAUCAACGACGUCAUUAGUUCGUACCAUUUUGUAUGGAGCGUUUUUCAGGGAUCCGUGGCAGCGCCGCAAAUCUGACCCUUUAAAUCCCUGUAGCUCCGAAAGUAAUGAUCGCAGAUUUCCUGUUACUUUUAGAUAAUUGCUUUACUAUUAGUAUACUCUCAAUUUAUAUACAAUUUAAAAAACUGUCAUCAUCCCUAUUAUAAAUCCCGUGCCCAGCGAUUAUAGUGUGUUUCAGAUAGCAUGAGUACGGUCGGGAUAUAUAGGUUGGCGUCUCUCUUGAAAGUUUACGAUAAUAGUACGUAUUAUGAACGUCAUACAGGCGACUGUCACCACAUCAGUUUUUUUUUAUUCUUUACAAGUUAGCCCUUGACUACAAUCUCACCUGACGGUACGUCUUUGUCGGUAGGGUGGUAACUAGCCAUGGCCGAAGCCUUCCAGUGAUUGUAUAAAUAUAAAUAAUAAAUUUUCAUUCAUUUCAUUCAUUCAUUGUCACCGUACCCAUGCUAUCUGUAAAACACUUUAAGUUUAAGUUAAAACUGCGCCACCUGGUUAUAAUAACGGAAAACAAUCUGCGAGUAGAUGGCGUUGUUUCCAUUUCGUAUGAUUUGAAGUUUACUUUACGCGAUCAAAUGAGUACAAACUCGAAUAAUCAACACACAGAACGUUACGUUCGGUUCGUUUUUCGAUGACAAACGGAAAGACAAACUACAGCUCGUGCGGAUUAACUUGACACCUGGCUCGAAUGAUGUUUGUAUGGAUGCGCUUGUUAGUCAGGUGUCAAAUUAAUGCGCACGGAUUAUAUGAAGCCUCAGUAGCUAUUCGGUGACGCGGUCGGACUUACAGUUCGCAGGUUCGAUCCUUGUCCUGGUCAAAAACAAUCUUUCCGUCUAAUUGGGAAGGAAACAGGAAUAUUGUUCAUACUAAAAAAAGAUGGAUAUAGCAAAUAUUGUUUUAAAAAAGCUAUAAUAACGUAAAAUCCUUUUCAUGGAAGAAAUCCCCCAGACGCGGCGCUAAGGUGUUAAUGGCGCUCAUAUUCAUUUGGUAAUGGCGGUCAUAAUGUAAUUUGUGUAAGGCGCUGUCAAUUUUAGUUCAGGUUUUAGCCGCGGGACUUUUUUCGUGAAAAGGACUCUAUCUAUUAGUUAUAAUGAUACGUCUGCUCGUCAUAUAAAAUCUGUCGUCCUCAUGGUAUACAUAGUUAGAUCUUAUAAACCAAUAAUGUCCGGCCGCUCAGAGAUUGCGUUUUUAAUAGGUCGUGAUCGAAUGGGACAAAAAUAUUUAAUUACAAUUGCCUCGUUUUUUGUCUCAUCACUGCAAAGAUAAACUGUUGGCAUAACCUUGAAACAGCGCAGUUCAACAAACUUGUACACCAGUUCGAAGUUACAACGUCCAUCCGAUUACGGCCUGUCAGAUGUGCAAUUUCUGAGCGACCGAACCUUUGAAAGAGUACCUAUACAUGAUAGAGGUACGGAACCAUGACUUUAUGAAAAGCUUGUAACAAAUUGUACUUACGAGUACGCUUGGUCUAUAUCGCACUCCUCCAAAUGUAUUACUGUCUUGCUUUGACACUAUAUGUACAAGCGAAAUAGCAGUAUCUACUCUUUAUUCAAUGACACUUUUAUUGCCAUCUUGCUUGCAUAUCGCCAAACCGAAUGAGAUAGCUUUACAUGGCAUAGACUAUUGACAUUGUACUUAAUUAGUUUUUAUAUUAGUAAUUUAAUUGAUCCAUAUCGUUUUGAUCUCAUGUUAUUAGGAAUUUUAAUUUUAUAAAUUAUGCUUUAAUUAGUUAAAGAGUUUAAUUAAGUUAUAACUAGUUAAAAUACUUUAAUUUUACUUUUGAAACUGUGUGAACUUAAAUUUACUAUAGGAGAUUCCAAUCUUCAACAGUUUGUUAAUAAUUUUCUUGUUACGUAAAUGAGGAUAUUAUGUUUAAAAUUGUUCUGUCAGUUAAAUUUAAAUUGCACAAUUUAAUUUAGCCUUUAUAAUUUUAUACUCGUAUUAAUUUAAUAGAAGUAAUUAUUUCUCGCUGCUCGACACAAAUCACAAGACAGAAUACUGACAAGUGACGAAAAUCUGGUGGAAAUUGAGAAACAUUUAAGGAAAUUGUCCUCACUAACGUUACAAGAUGUCAUCAUGUCAGUCGAUAGACGUCCACUGCAGGACAUAGGCCUUUUGUAGGGACUUACAAACAUCACGAUACUGAGCCGCCUGCAUCCAGCGAAUCCCAGCGACUCGCUUGAUGUCGUCAGUCAACCUGGUGGGGGGUCGACCAACACUGCGCUUUCUAGUGUGGGGUCUAUAUAGCACCGCAGGACCCAACGACCAUCGGCUCUUCGAACUACAAGAGGUCAUGCCAAUUGAUUUACGGUUGCGCUCAAGUUUGCGAUUUUAUACAGUGGCGUGCACAUGGCUCUUGACCAGGGUAAGCAGUGACGCAGAAUUUUUUUUUUUUAAUUUUUUUUUCACGCUUGUGCACUUUUUACGCCACUGUUAUGAAGUGUUCAAAAAUAUAAAACUAGGUUUUAGAGUUUCAACAGUCAAUUCUCCGUAGGAAACCUAGUUUUUUGCAUUCUCCUUUGAACGCAACCGCAAACGCACCGCCUCGCUUGAAUGGGAGAAGUGCUCUGCCUUCAAGUUUUUCCAAACUAUACAGGUAACUAGUACAUAUUAAGGAUUUUACUCAUAAAUUAAAAUUAUUUACCUUUAUUGGAUUACCAAAACUCAGUUAAGAUAUACAGGGUGCUCGGGAGUAUUUUCCAUAACUUCAAGGUGUUGACGAGUCCAAAAAAUUAAAACAUUUUAUGUUUUCAUUCAAAUAAUUUCGACUUUCCAUGUAACACAAGCCUUUAUCUACCCUUGCAUUUUAAAAUUUUAAAGUUUGUCUACGUCAUAAUUAUAAGGAUGCGUAUAAGGGAUACAUUUUAAGAUCUAUUUACAAAAGAAGUAUUAUUUUAUUCCGAAAAUAUAAAUUUUAGAACACAUAUUCUUUGAACAUUUUUAAUUAAUUUUCGGUAAAGAAUUAUGGGAAAUACUCCCCAGCACCCUGUAUAUGCAGGUAUGCGAUGAUAUUAAAAGUACUAUUUUUUACGCUAGAAUGGACAGAUACUUAAAAGUCCAUUUUAGCGUCAAAAACUAUAACGAUUUAAAUGGUAAUAUGGUAGUUUUGGUAUUUCUGGAUUUUCUAUCGGCUAAAAUACCUAUUUGUUAGAAUAAAGUCAGUGUUCUAGAUAAGAGGGUUUGCAUUAGUUACGUCGGAAUUUCGUCUCCUAUGGAAGCAAAGAUCGGGACCAUACAGCCUGUAUAAAAUGAAUGUUUUAAACUGUUCUAUGUACUUAUAUUUAAUUUUGUAAUAUGCCAUCAUUGUAUUAUGGUUUAAUGAUUUUCUCUGUGAUAUUUUAUUACUUUCAAAUUGUAGGUAUAUUUAUAUUUUACUAAUAGAACUUAGUUUCGUAAAUAAGACUUUAAUUACCUAAGAUUUGUUUUAUGUACUAUUUUAAUUUAUAUGUAAUUAUAAAUGUUGAUAUUACCUAUCUCAGACCAAUUAUUAUCUUCUAUAGGACCUGCCUCGCUUGAGGUUACGCCUCUGUCAAAUAUGAUCAUGAUCCAACGUGUUCAUACGAGUACAAACUGCAUGUUUCAUUGUAUUAAAAUUACACAUGCGUGUAUCACGAUUUAAAAACAGUUGUGUGUAGUGUAAGGACACAGUACAUAUUUAUAGGUGUUAAAUAUUUUUGAUGUGUGAGUUUACCUCAUCCGCCUCAAAAAACGAUAGACAAUUAUGUUGGUGUAUUUGAAUACGAUACAAGUACAAUAGAAGGUAAUUGGUCUGAUAUUUUAGUUUCAAGUUCAGGGUACUUUCACUGUUCAAAGCUUUGCAACACUGAGAUUACGAUGAAGGGCGGGAACAUUAUCUAAUAGGAUAAUAGGGGGUUAAUUUUGAAAUUCGUGACAUAAUUAAUGUAUAGUCCUCAACAUAUGAUGUACCUAUAGUAACCUAGUCUAGUCAUUUUAGAUGAGUACUCAAUGUGAUGUAUUUAUUUGGCGUUCGUUGUUGAAUCGACAGUUAUUUUUGUAUGUACCUUUUAGAAGGGACUGCGUUCGUCUUUGUAACUGACGCUUGAAAUAAAGAUUAUUGUAUCUGGA